CGAGCUCACUUCCGGCGCGCCUGCGCAGUUGGUUCCGGGGUUCUUUGUUGUGGCGGCUUUCGCUAGCAAAUAGAAGAUUGCUCUUUAAUUCCUGAGGGUGAUGCGCCCCGGUGCAACCAUCAGGGCCUGCCAGAAAGUCUGCAGGUGCCUGUUUUCUGGGUUUGGGGGUCGAGUCAAUGGGGGCCAGCCAGAGCUGUUGGCGGAAGAGAGUAACCCCCUCGGAGGGCUCCUGAGGUCGCACGCGGAGCUGCCUCGGGGGAGCGAACCAAGAGAAGCCCCAGAGUCUGAUGAGGGGAGCGAAGCGCUGAUAGAGAUUUGUCAAAGAAGGCAUUUUCUCAGUGGCACUAAGCGGCAGGUUACCCGAGAUUCUCUCCUGACCGGGUGCCACUCCGGCUUUGGCCCCUUGGGCAUAGAAUUGCGGAAGAACCUGGCGGCAGAAUGGUGGUCUUCGGUGGUGGUGUUCCGGGAGCAGGUCUUUCCGGUGGACGCCCUCCACCAUGAACCAGGCCCUGCGCCGCCUGGGGACAGUGCCUUCAGGUUAGUUUCUGCAGAAACUCUACGCGAAAUCUUGCAAGACAAAGAGCUGAGUAAGGAACAGCUAGUAGCAUUUCUUGAGAACUUAUUAAAAACUUCUGGGAAACUACGGGAGAACCUUCUUCACGGCGCCUUGGAGCACUAUGUUAAUUGCCUGGAUCUGGUAAACAAGAGGCUACCUUAUGGCCUUGCUCAGAUUGGAGUGUGUUUUCAACCUAUUUCUGAUACUAAGCAGACACCUGAUGGUGUUAAAAGAAUCAGUGAGAGGACUGAAGCUUCACUGGUAUGGUUUACUUCGGGGAGAACUGCCGGCCACUGGCUUGAUUUCUGGUUACGUCAUCGACUCCUGUGGUGGAGAAAGUUUGCUGUGAGUCCAUCGAACUUCAGCAGCAGUGAUUGUCAAGAUGAAGAAGGACGAAAAGGAAACAAACUUUUCUACAAUUUUCCCUGGGGAAAAGAGCCAAUAGAAACCCUGUGGAAUCUAGGAGAUCAUGAACUUUUACACAUGUAUCCUGGAAGUGUGUCUCAAUUACAUGGCCGAGAUGGACGAAAAAAUGUGGUUCCUUCUGUUUUAUCUAUAAAUGGAGAUCUAGACCGAGGCAUGCUGGCUUACCUCUACGAUUCUUUUCAGCUAACAGAGAACUCCUUUACAAGAAAGAAAAAUCUUCAUAGAAAGGUACUUAAACUGCACCCUUGUUUAGCUCCUAUUAAGGUUGCUUUGGAUGUGGGAAGAGGCCCAACAGUGGAACUAAGACAGGUUUGUCAAGGGCUAUUUAAUGAACUACUAGAAAAUGGAAUUUCUGUGUGGCCUGGUUAUUUGGAAACUGUGCAGUCCUCAUUGGAACAACUUUAUUCAAAAUAUGAUGAAAUGAGCAUCCUCUUCACAGUUUUGAUUACUGAAGCUACUUUGGAGAAUGGAUUAAUACAUCUGAGAAGUAGAGACACCACAAUGAAGGAAAUGAUGCAUAUAUCCAAAGUAAAAGAUUUUUUAACCAAGUAUAUAUCAUCGGCUAAGAAUGUGUAGAUUUUAAUAUUGCCAUAAUAAAUAUUGACUUUUCCUAAUUUGGUUGUCUUAUAUGAACUUGGAUGUGUUUUAGCCCUUUGCACUUAUGAAGUGGACAUUUUUGGUGCUUUUUUUGAUUCAGUUUUUAUUUAUAUUUCUUGACAUAUUCUAUUGUAUAAAGAAUAUGUUUAGCGACAAGAAACAAAAACCCUACUAUACUAGAUUAUGCAAAUUGGAGUUUUUCUUAUAACAAGAAAUUUAAGGGUUAGACUGUCCAGAGCUGGUAUAAUUAUUUCUUCUCUAGUUAGGGAGACAGGCUUUUACUAUCUUUCUGUUCCACCAUCUUUAGUAUGUUGGCUUUUAUCUUUAUACUUGUUGCUUCAUAGUCAUAGAUGGCUGCUGUAUUUCUAGACUUCGCUAGCCAGCGAAGACUCUUCCCUUUUUAAUUAGGAAAGUAAAAGCUUUCCCAGGCAUUCCAAUCAGAAGACUUGUUUACAUUUCAUUGAUCAGAACUUGGUCACAUGGUCAUUCCUAGGCCAAUCACUCUCUAAGGGAAUGAGAAUAUAAUAAUUAAUUUGGAUCAAACACAGUUUACCCCUUGAGGCUAUCAUAGUGUCUUAUCUUCCCUGAAAUGGGUUUUGUUUUCAGGAAAGAAGGGAUUUUAUUAAGUCUGCUACAUGUCUGCAGUCAAGUAUUGAAGAUUAACCUAAAACUAAACUAAACUAGAACAUUUAUUGGUUUUUGAAAAGCUAGCUAAAAUGUUAGAUGGCGUAAUAACUGUUACAGUGUAUUUCAUAUCUUAUUCUAAUAGAUAUGUUUAUAAGAAAUUCUUGAACUUUUAUGUGUUAAUUGUAUUAAUAUACUAUUAUUACCAACCUGACAAAAAUUCCAACUGAUAAUUUAUGUAAAAUAUCUCGAAGUUUGGCUAACUUGUCUUCUUUGACUUUACUUACUAGAUUUUUAUUUUUUAUUAAUUUUUGCUAUCAUGGAGAAUUUCAUACACAAACAUAUACAAAAUAGUAUGAUUAAAUCCAUUUACCAACAACCAUCAACUUGAGCAGUCUUAUCUCAUCCACCCAACACCACUCUCCCAUAUUAUUUUGAAGCAGAUUGCAGCUAUCAUUUCAUUUGUAAAUUUUUUUGUUAAGGAUCUUUUGGUAACCAUUAUUACACCUAAAAAAAUUAACACUAGAUGACACUAAGAAAUUAUUGACAGUUUCUUUGGGUUUGAUAAUGGUAUUAUGGCUUUAUUUUCUUUUAGUCUUUAUCUGAUAAAGACACUUAAAUAUUUCUGAGUGAAAUUAUAUGAAAUCUGAGACUUGCUUUAAAAAUUUCCAGUUUAAACAAAAAAUUGGUGGAUUAUAGAUGAAAAAUAAGAAUAGUACUGAGUUCUUGAAACUGGAUAAUAGGUACAUGGGUGUUGAUUUUACUGCCUCUCUGUUUUUGCGUAUGAGAAUUUUCAUAAUAAAGUUUUUUAAAAAUGAA